ACGGGGCGGCCGCGGCCCCGGCACGGAGCGCGCCCAUGGAGCCGGGCCGGCAGGCGCUGCCGCUGGAGAACGCCUCCAUCCUGUCCGAGGGCGCGCUGCAGGACGGGCACCGCCUCUGGAUCGGCAACCUGGACCCCAAGAUCACCGAAUACCACCUCCUCAAACUGCUUCAGAAGUUUGGCAAAGUGAAGCAAUUUGACUUUCUCUUCCACAAGUCUGGUGCUCUGGAAGGGCAGCCCAGGGGUUACUGUUUUGUCAACUUUGAAACCAAACAGGAAGCAGAGAAGGCGAUCCAGUGUCUCAAUGGGAAGCUGGCCCUUUCCAAGAAGCUGGUGGUGCGGUGGGCACACGCGCAGGUCAAGAGAUAUGAUCACAAUAAAAAUGAGAAGAUCCUUCCAAUCAGUCUGGAGCCAUCUUCCAGCACGGAGCCACCCCAGUCCAACCUAAGUGUCAGUGCAAAGAUAAAGGCCAUUGAAGCCAAGCUGAAAAUGAUGGCAGAAAAUCCAGACGCAGAAUAUCCUGCAGCACCUGUUUAUUCUUACUUCAAACCACCAGAUAAGAAAAGGACUACUCCUUACUCCAGAGCUGCCUGGAAAUCCAGAAGAUGAUGCUUGUGAAUGGAUGAUGGUAGCAAGAAACACUGCUUUGUAUACCUGGAGUCCUCCAAUGCUUUUGUACUUUUGUAGAGUGGGAAGGACAGUGCCACCUGAGCAGGGCAUGGCCAGCACAGCCCUCUGCACACCUGAGGGUCUGCACGUUCUGCCUGUGCAGCUCACAGCUGAAGGCUGUUCAGAGAAAUAGGUUCCCUUCAAAGCCUCUGAUGAACACACAGGCAACCUCUCGUUAGCGUGCAUUCAUUAGCCAGAUUAGGAACAGUAACCAGCGUUGGGAGUAAAGCACAUCCAAAAAUACUCCAUUUAACUGAUUACUUUUUAAAGUAUUUUUGAACAAAAUGUAUUCCAAUUCAUGUUUUAAUGGAAGGGGAAGCACUUGGUUUUGAUUAACAUGCUGUAGUUAUAAUGGAAAAACUUUUUCAUCUCAAUAAAACUCAUUUUAAAUAGA